AUGGCGGCGUCACUCCCGCGACCCGGCAGUCGGCUCUUUCGAACGUAUGGGGUAGCCGGCGGCGGGGGGCCGCGGCGGCGUCCGGGCCAGGCAGCGGUGCAGUGGUUCCCGCCGCAAGACCGGAAGCGUUUCUUCAGCAGCAGUAGCAGCGACGCCAGCGGCGGCGGCCCCUCGAAGUCUGUCGUCUCCGACGAUCCUGACGACCCCGACUUCCGCGGCAGCCCGGUGGGUCAGCGGCGGAGGCGCGCUGGCGGCCGACUCUCCAAGGACCGGCCGAGUCUGAUCGCGACCCCGAGACGCCUGAGGCUGCGAGCGCGGUGCCCGCAGAAGUGCAGCACCCCCUGCGGCCCGCUCGGACCGCCGCCCUUCCCCAACGGCCACCCAAGCCUCCUGAGCCCGGACCUCAGUGUGUGCGGCCAGCCCAGGGACGGCGGCGAGCUGGGCACCAGUGCCUCCCUGUUGAGUUCUCCGGCCUCUCCCGGCCCCGGGUCCCCUGCCCCAGGAGACAGCAUCUGCGCCGACCCCCCCGCCUUUCUGGAUGCAGCCUCUGAAGCUCCGAGCGGCUUCCAACUCCCAGAAGCCUCCCUGGACCAGGCACCUCUCCCCUCUUCCCAGGAGGCAGAGACAGCAGGAGGCAGGCUCACCAGGUUGGCCCACCAAGCCCGUGCCAGCCUCAGGUCAGCUCUCGGUAGCUUUUUGGACUCAGGAAAUCCUGAGGAUUCUGAGCCUGGGCCAGAUGGGAAGAAUAUGCGAGAGUCCUGCUGUGACAGGGAACUGGUAGGGAGGAGGAUGGAGAGCCCAGGUUUAUCCAGCACGGGUAAGAAGAGGGCCACAGACCAGGACUCCGGUCGAGAGGCUGGGUCUCAGGAGGCUGUCCAGAUAGAAUACGGGGAGGCCCGUGGGUGCAAGGGUGGUAUGGCACCUGGGAAAAGCAACAGGCCUGAGAGAACCGGGCCAAGCCGGAAAAGGAAGCAUCAAGAGUCAACAGAAACCUCCCUCUGCCAUCACCACCAAUUUAAAAAAGGCCAAAAGAUGGAAAAAGAUUCAUUCGUCACCCAGGACCUGACUCGUUUACAGAAUGCCUGCUCUUGGACCAAAGCCAGGGCCUCCUUCAGCUUCCACAAGAAGAAGAUGGUGACCGCCGUGUCAAAAGUGUGCAGCGUCUACACCAUUGCCAGUUCUCUCUCUGAGUCCCUCAUAUCAGAAUAUUCAAACCUUCCUGUCACAAACAGAACAAACAGUGCCCUGGACCCUUGGCACUUUUCCUCCAUGUAUUUGCUCACCCCCUUAAAGACACUACAUGCCACAGAAAAAAAGGCAUCCGAUGCAGAAAAGGUUUAUGGGGAAUGCAGUCAGGAGGGUCCUAUCCCCUUCAGCGACUGCCUUUCCUCAGAAAAACUGGAAUGCUGUGAGAAGAUUGGGGAAGGGGUGUUUGGUGAAGUGUUUCAAACAGUUGCUAACCACACACCUGUAGCCCUAAAAAUCAUUGCUAUUGAAGGACAGAAGUUAGUCAAUGGAGCUCAUCAGAAAACUUUUGAGGAAAUCCUGCCAGAGAUCAUCAUCUCCAAAGAGUUGAGCCUCUUGUCUGAUGAGGUAUGCAACCGUACAGAAGGCUUCAUUGGGCUGAACUCGGUACACUGUGUUCAAGGAUCUUACCCUCCCUUGCUCCUCCAGGCCUGGGAUCGCUAUAACUCAACGAAAGGGUCUGCAAAUGACCGGCCUGACUUUUUUGAGGAAGACCAGCUCUUCAUCGUGCUGGAAUUUGAGUUUGGAGGGAUCGACUUAGAGCAAAUGAGAACGAAGCUGUCCUCCAUCGCCACUGCAAAGAGCAUUCUGCACCAGAUCACCGCGUCCCUUGCUGUGGCAGAGGCAUCGCUGAACUUUGAGCACCGAGACUUGCACUGGGGGAACGUGCUCUUAAAGAAAACCAGCCUCAAAGAGCUCCACUACACCCUCAAUGGGAAGACGAGGUCCAUCCCCACCCGAGGGCUACAGGUCAACAUCAUCGACUACACCCUGUCACGCUUGGAGCGGGACGGGAUCGUGGUUUUCUGUGACAUUUCCAUGGACCAAGACCUGUUUACGGGAGAAGGUGACUACCAGUUUGAGAUCUACAGGCUGAUGAGGAAGGAAAACAACAACUGCUGGGACGAAUAUCACCCUUAUAACAACGUGCUCUGGCUACACUACCUCACAGAUAAGAUCCUGAAACAAAUGACCUUCAAGACCAAAGGUAACACCCCUUCCUUGAAGCAAAUGAGGAGAAAGAUCAAGCAUUUCCAUCAGACUAUGUUGAACUUCAGCUCUGCCACAGACCUGCUCUGCCAGCACAGUCUGUUUAAGUAAGCUGGGGUUGCUGACCGCCCCCAAAGGAGAGGGCACAGGUCUGGAAGCCCCUGAUGCCGUUUUUAACCUCUAUCCCCACAGCAGGGUGGGAUUCCUGUUCUUACAGGUUUCCAAUCAGCUUU